CUGUUGGUUCACCCUUGGAGUCGGCUGCAGAGAAAAGCCACCCUCAACUGAAGAGCACUGAAUGAAAGUUCCAUUUCUUCAGAUACAAAAAUUCUGAGCUAGCUGAUGAAUCACAUCAUUUUGGAAGGUCUAUGAGUGAAGAUGGUCCAGUUAACAAAAGCAAGGAAGCUUCAAAUAAUUAACUGUCUACUGCGGAGAAAUGUUGUGAACAGAGGCAGUCUCCAAACCAAAUAUGCUUCAUUUUUAGAAGUUCUGAAGUUACAGGAGAAACAGUAUACAGGAAUUGCCUCCCCUCUCCAAGAGCUGGCAAAAUAUAUAGCCCCUAGUGUGGACACUUCAUGUUUUCAGAUUUUCAAUCCUAACCAUGAGGACAUCAAGAGAGCAGAAGUAUUUUUCAUUCCAUCACGCCAGCACAUAAUUGACUAUUUCAUUUCUGCUGUCCGGAUGGAUCAUGCCCCACAGUUGUCACAGCCUGAGGUUUGCUUUUUAGGAAGAAGCAAUGUUGGAAAGUCCUCCUUAAUAAAAGCCUUGUUUGCAUUGGCUCCUGACGUUGAAGUUAAAGUUUCAAAACAUCCAGGUCAUACAAAGAAAAUUAAUUUCUUCAAAGUGGGAAAAUUAUUUACAAUGGUGGAUAUGCCAGGUUAUGGCUACAGGGCACCCGAAGAUUUUGCAGAGAUGGUGGAGCCUUAUUUAACCCAGCGCCAGAAUUUGAAACGGACUUUCUUAUUAGUGGAUGGCGUAAUAGGAAUUCAGCCAGCAGACCGCAUUGCUAUAGAAAUGUUGGAAGAAUUUGGGAUUCCUUAUGUUUUUGUAUUAACAAAAAUUGACAGAGCACCAAAAGCUGUGAUGGCAAAAAAUGUGAUACAAAUCCAAGAUUUCAUAAAGAAGAAUACACAAGGGUGCUUUCCUCAAGUCUUUCCAGUCAGUUCUGUGUACUGUUCUGGAAUCCAUGUGCUGAGAUGCUUUAUAGCUCAUAUAGCUGGAAGUCUUCACUUAUCUUCAUGACAGAUCAUCCCUACCCAUCUCUGAAAGGACUGAAGGACUCUGCCUGCUUCUUUUUUCAAAAGCUGUGUAAAGUUUUGCAAAAUAAAUGCAGUUUAAGUUCUUUAU